AUGGCAGACCUCACACCACCACCACUCAUAAGGCCAGAUUUGAUUCAAGGAAAAUACGGUUCUGCAUCCAAUUUGGCCUUUAAUGAAAGGAUAAAACUUCUCAUGAAACAGGGUCACACAAUCUACCACUUUGGAUUUGGACAAGCCCCAUUUCCGGUGCUGGAAGUUGCAGUGGAAGCUCUCAAGAAACAUGCCAAGGAAAGUGCCUACCUGGCAGUACAAGGUAUCCCAGAGCUUCGUCAAGGGAUCUGUAAUUUCCACAAACAUUAUGAUGGCAUAACCUUUGACUCUGAAAACAUCAUAGUCGGUCCUGGCAGCAAAGAGUUAAUAUUCCUUCUUAUGUUAAUUUUUAAUGGAGAUAUAUUACUGAACUCACCCUCCUGGACAUCAUAUAAAGCUCAAGCCAUCCUUACAGGGCACACCCCCUUCAUCAUUGACAGUCGAGAGAAGGAUGACUGGCGAAUCACCCCUGAAGGUCUUGAAAGGGUGAUGCAAGAGAACAGUUUGAGUCAUCAUAAACUUCUUAUCAUGGCCAAUCCUUGCAAUCCUACUGGUACAAACUACACGGAAGAACACUUGAGAAAACUAAC